UAGUGAAAGCGACAGCGAGCGAGCGAGCUCUUCCGCGAGUCGCGUGCGAAUCGCAGGCCUUUAAUUAAUAACGAGAGCCGUUUAUUUAUCAACCAUCGCGACUCAUCUUGCUCCGAUAACGGAACUCCGAUCAACAUCUGGGACGAAGGAUGAUCACCUGUCGAGAGGAGAUGCAGCUCUGCCUUUGAGCUACCAUGUGGGAUUCUCGCGCGAGCCUGUUCUCCAAGACUGGCAGGUGGUCCUACGAGGCUUAUUCCACGUCCGAGGAUCGGGAUGCUUACUCGUCCCCCGGGACGUGUCGUCCUGUCGUGGCGAUGCGGAAGAGCCCCGCGUUGCAGCAACGCACUACGAGUUAUCGUCAGCAACGAUCUUCCUGGCAGCAGGACAGCCGCUCGUGCGAAGUGAGCAUAUCAUCCGCCCGCGCGUCGGUGAUGGUGUACGACGACGUGAACAAGAAAUGGAUACCAAGCGGCAGCUCGUCCGGCCUGUCCAAGGUCCAGCUCUACCAUCAUCAGGUAAACAAUACGUUCCGCGUGGUCGGCAGGAAGCUGCAGGAUCACGAGAUCGUCAUCAACUGCGCGAUCCUCAAGGGGCUCAAGUACAAUCAGGCGACGGUCACGUUUCAUCAGUGGCGGGACAAUAAGCAGGUCUACGGGCUCAAUUUCUCCAGUAAGGACGACGCCGACGCCUUUGCCCGGGCGAUGCUCCAGGCACUCGAUGUGCUGAGCAAUGGUAGCAACAUAUCACGAAGUCUCGCUCCGACAACCGCCACGACUACUCAGCAGCAGACUGCUUAUCAACAGCAGCAGCAACAACAGCAACAACAACAGAGCCAGGCGACCGCUCAAUAUGAGGAGGACAUGGGAUACAGAACCAUGACCAGAGAAGACGUGGCAAUAAUUCAGGAACGCAGAAUGUCCCAGCAGAGUCAAGCAACCGGUAGUCCUAAUCCUAUAUCACCGAGUUGCCCGCCGACCGCGCAGCAACAGCAGCAACAGCAGCAGCAGCAGCAACAAUCCGGUCAUCAUCGAACUUCGUCGGCACCGCCGGCACCGCAGCCACCGCAACAGCAGCAAUCGGCGCUGAUGCAGGGUGUUGUUAUGGCUCCGGCUCCUCCACAAAUGUCAACUGGACCACCGGUACCGCCGCCUCAACCGCCGAUCGCACCCCCCGCCCCACCGUGUCCGCCAGCAAUGAUGAACUUCAACUCGUCCGCGGCACCGACGCCACCGAUGAUGAUGACUCAGUACGCGCAAUCACCGUCAUCUCAGUCGAACCUUGCGAAUCAGCAACCCCAAGCCAUCUACGUUACCAAUCAGGCGAGUCAGUACGGUGCCGUGCCUACGAGUAACCAGUACGCUGCAAGCGCCGCUUCCGCUGGCGGCACCGGAAGCACCGGCGCCAGCAACGUCGUGGGCCAGAGUCCGAAUCAGUAUCCGCAAUCCAGCAACCCGAGCAAUUUCUACGGCACUAACAGUCAGACGAGCAAUUAUGCUACGGGAGGGCAGACUAAUGCAGGCCAAUACAACCAAUCGACCGGCAAUCAGGCCGCGCCGUACGGCACCGGUGGUAAUCAAUACGGAAGCAGUAGCUCGAUAAAUCAGUACGCCGCCGGUCCGCCACCACCCGGUCCGGGAAGCCAAUACGCGGUCGCGCAACCUGGUCAAUCGCAGUACGGCAGCAUCGUGUCUCAGGCGCAAGCACAGUACGGCGGUGCAGCCAGUCCAGCAGUCCCCGUGGCAGGCGCCACGAAUCCGUAUGGGACACCAUCGAACUCGGUGAAUCAGUACGCCGCUGCUGGACUUCAUACGGUCGCCGCUAACGCUUACGCUCCCAUCGCCAGCAGCGGCCCGCCGCCGCCCCCGAUGAUCCCGCUGACUGGAAUCGCCGCCCCGCCUCCACCACCUCCGCCACCAGUACCUAACGCUAACAAUUCCACGGCUAGCGCCUCGUCCGUCAGUUCUUCGAGCGACCCACCGCCCGAUACUAAUUCCUUAGCCGCUGCUCUUCAAGCUCGUCUUAAGAAGAAGCAGCAACAAUCACAGCCCGUGGAAAACAGUGGCUCGAGCACUAGCAGUAGCGGUAGUGGAAGCAGUGGUAAUUAUGGUACUUUAGGAAGAGGCGGAGGCGGCGGAAUGGCUUCCAUGAUGGACGAGAUGGCCAAAACUCUGGCACGUCGACGAGCUGCCGCCGAAAAGAAACAACCCGAGCAACCACCGGAGCCGGAGAGCUCGCCAGACAAAAAGUCUUGGGAUAAGAACAAUACGUCAAAUAAUAAGUUCUCCAAUGGCGCCGAAUCCCCGAAAUCGGUACGCAAGAGGUUUGGCUCGGCCUCGGAGGACACCCUCCUCAAGGUAAACGGAGUUAACGACGGAACCUCGUUUACCGCGCAAGAGAUGGAGGCCUUUAAAGUGGAGAUAAUCAAGGAAGUGCGUAAAGAGUUCCAAAAAAUGAAGCAAGAAAUAAUCGAUGUCGUCAGAACAGAACUGAAUAAGAGAUAAAGAAGACGAUAAAAGAAGAAGCAAAGGAGACAGAGCCGAACUCUCGAACCCGAAAAGCAUAAGACGGAAAAGAAAAAAAAAAGAAAAAAAGAAAUUAAAGAGAGAAUUUUAUGACUAGAUCGCUCGAUCGGAGCGACUUUAUCGAGAACCACAUACAGGUUUUUACAACGUAUUUGCAACAGAAUGUAGUGUGGCUACAUUCAUGUAUAUUGGACAUUUAUGUGUAAGUAAAUUAAUCCAAUUUAGUAUUUUAAGUGACCGUAAUCCUUUCAUUUUAAUACUUGCUAUAUAAAUAAUAAUCGUAACGAAACGUUGAAUCAGUUGAGUUUCGUGUCGAGUUUAAUUUUACGUAAAAAAGUCUCUCGAUUCAAGCGCAUGGGAUCACGAGAAAUCCUUACAAGUUUCAAUCGAGAGAAACAUUUUAUCAUGGAAACAUAAAAUAAGUACACGCACAAUGAAGUACUAUUAAAUCGCUUUGUAGAUUAAACAAGAUAUCGAUAAAGAGACCAAAAAAUGGUGUACUAUUUAUAACAUGUAUAAAAAUAAUAUCAAUCUCUAUACACGUGCAUAAAUAUCUCCAGUAAUAGUCACAUUUUGACAUGUUUAUAAGGCCAGUCAAGCGACAAAAAUUUUCAAUAAUCAAGGUUGACGUUAAUCAACCUUGGACGAAAAAUUUUGCACUGUGAACUUGUUUGAAAUCGCGAGAGAGAGAGAGACUCAAUUAUUUCAACGUCCAAGUUACGCGUCGUAUAUUUUUUACUGCAAAUGGUCAGGCAGGGUUUCUAAGACUUCUCUUGUAUAACGGAACGUUUUUUUACACGAUCGAUUUUUUAUAAGAACGAUCUCACUGUACAACAUUCUAUACGGAAUUCUUUCGUCAAUGUCGUGGCAUGUGUUUUCCUCGCAUUUCUCGUCUUUUACUUUUUAUCGUUAUAUACGCUGUGUCGUUUUCAUCAUUUGGGCGAAACACAUUGCAUUGUCGAUCUCUGUUGUUGAUAUCCAUCUCUGAAUGAAAAAUGUAAAUGGGCGAAUACAUUCCAAGAUACAUCCCACAUUCUCCGAUAACCCUCCUAGACACGUUAAACAUUGUAAAUAGCAAUAAACGACGAUAGACGGAUGCCACGAUCGUUGAUUGUGAAAUUCUCGAGGAGACACGCUAUAUUGCGCUCUUAAACGAUACCUAUAGUUAAGACAAAUUUCCGUGUUAAUUCAUUCCUGGAGAUAUCGAAUGUCUGAAUUACUCGACUCGACGCAUUUCAGCAAUUUUAUUCUUCAUAUUCCAAACUACUCGUCGUACAUCGAAUCGUACUUUCUUCGGUUGGAUAAAAGAAUUAAAAAAAAAAAAAAAAAAAAAAUUCUUGAAACCCGGCGUCUCUCUAAUCUUUGGUCCAUAUUUUAAAUUCUCUUUUAUCAAUAAAAGUGCUUCUAAAAGUGGUUUGUAACAAAUCAAAAAGCUUAUAAGCCUCUUUUAGAGGCACUUUUAUCGAUAAAAGAAGAUUCAGAAUAUGGGCCUUUAUCUUCAUGGCUUUUUCAUGUGAUCAGUUUCCACCUAUCUUUCGACAAGCACCUCUACUCGGUCAAUUUUUCCUUUUCACUCGCGUGGAUAAGCUGUUAAACAUUCAUCAUGAUAACGAUAAGUAGUUUAUUUCUUGUAUCGAGGCUAUUCUACUUUAUUUUACACUUUCGACGGAUUUUAUCGCGUGACCAAUUAUGUUUUUAUGGCGAUCAAGAAGCACGGCUUCUACCAUUCAACCGGUUUGUCAAUUCGAAUUCGCGAUACACGAUAAUUACACUCGAUUCCCCGUCGCUAUCACGAUCGCGCGAUCGAAAAUUGUUACUAAUAUUGACCAAGUUUCCAUCGAGAGUUCAAGUCGGGUCAGAAUUGGGUCAGAAUCGGGUCAGAGUUAGGGUGAACCUUUUAUGGUGGAAACACCAAUAAAUCCUAUUCUGAUCCAACUCCGACCCGAUUCGAACUCUCGGUGGAAACUUAGCCGUAUUUCGCGAGAAAGAAAAAAAUACAGGAUACAUUGAUCUUAUACGUGAUUUCAUUCGAUCGGUAAUCGUUCGUCACCGACUCGCGUGAUUUUCUUCGAAGGCUGAAUUUUACACGAUUUUUAUUACACUUUAUUAUACAUGCGUAAAUAUUGGCACGCUUGUUUCGCGAUGGCACGUAAUCAUAGGGAUUCUCGAUGAUCAUUUGAGGGAUUAGAUGAGAGACAGUUUCUAGUCGAGUCGCAUGGGAGAUAAUUUCGCAAGGAAGGGUGUAUCAAUUUUGACAAUGAGCGGCGGUGACGCUUAUCUUCGACUAAAUCUGAAGUAUCGAUUUGUCGCGUUCAUCUUUUAUCGAUUAGUUCUUGCAAUUCUCUGCCUUCUCUUGUAAUUUUCUGCCUAAACAUUGGCUAUAAUUUUAAGCACUAGCGUGAUAUAAUUAUACAUUUAUUUCCUCGCUUCUUCGUAAUCUUCACGAGGUAGCGAUUUUGCAUUUUCUCUCAGCGAAAACAACUGAUCAUCAAUAUGCCUGGUUGCAUCGCAUGCAAAUAUUUUCGUCGGAUAAUCGAGAGAGAGGCGUGAUUUGGAUAUGCGAUUUGUGCGUGCGAUUAUCUUUUUAGAGGAUUUACUUAUUCUUCUCUUUGCUCCUUCCUUUGACUUCUUUUAUUUUACGACCAUUUUCUACACUGCAUCUAUUUGUACAUAUAAAUUUAUCCAUGGUGUGGAUCUUCCAUAUAUA